AUGGAAGCUAAGCAUAAGAUGGUCCCGGUUGGCAUCACGGAUCACUGGUUUGCAAUACAUAUGACGGUCCAAGCGGCGGUACCUGGUGGAGGGGGUCCCGGGCUUUGGAGGCUGCAGAUGACACAAGCAGGGGAAGCAGGAACAAAAAAGAUCAUUGAAGCAGCACUGAAUGAACACCAGUCGCAUCUAGAGCAGCCGUUCGAUGGUCUUUUGCUGAACUUGAAGGCGAGUCUGAGAGCGCAUACAGCAGAGGAAAGGAAGCGGGUAAAGGCCACGAUCCGGCACCUGGAGGCCAAGGUGGUGAGACUCAGGAGGCUUCUGGUGUCGAACCCGACGGGGCCUGGAUUGUACGAGGAGCUGAUCAAACAUGAGGCGGCGCUGAAGGGGUAUCAGGAAAAAACGAAAGUUAGGCUGCAGGUGAUGACGGGGAUGUUGGUGGAGCUGGCGAGUGAGGCACCGACUGGCUACCUUUCAGGCCUAAUAAAGUCGAGGAAAGAGAAAACAGAGAUUAAAGGAGUGGUGUGCAAUGGCCAGGCGAUUACAGGCGCGAGAGAAGUGCUGGCAGCGGCGACCAGUUUUUUCAAAGAAUCUUACGCAGCUCCUCACUGUCAGCAAGAGCGUAAUGCGGAAAGCUGGGAGGUGGAAGAGGACAAGCGUCUGCUGGAAUGUGAUAAGGCGUUGCUUACGAAACCAUGGUCGGAGGAGGAAGUGAAGACAACACUUCGUGAGCUACCAGCGGGAAAGGCGCCGGGACAGGAUGGACUGCCGAAAGAGUUGUUUGAGAAAAACUGGGAGCUGUUGGGGAAGGAGCUGAUGAAAGGACGAAAGGAAGGGGGGCUUGGCGUAAUAGACCCGAAGGAGAGAUUGGGGAGUAUUGGGAUCCACAACAUUGGAAGAGGAGCGACGGCGACAGACCCGUUCAGGAACUGGCUUUGGGAGAAGGCAGCAGGUUUCCCGCAAGGGCUUGCGACGAUCUAUGCGCACCCCGCCAUCUUACAUCACUGGUUAAAAGGGGGGGUGAGAUGGAAGGCAACGGAGGAGGCUCUCUGGGAGACAAAGAAGGAGGUGAUAAGGGAAACUUCGAACAGAUGGGAAGCGGAGGGAGAACAUCUGCUCUUUAAUCGGAAAAUUUUCUUCAGGGGAAAAUCCCCGUUUGGAAAGCAAAAGGGAUCAGUUUGCCUGUUGGGAAUCAUGCUUGGAGAUCUGAUUGAGAAGGAAGCGGGCGGCACCAGAAGAGUCAAAGAAGAGGCGACACUGGAUAGGGACCUGGGAGGUGAAGAGCAGAGGAAAUGGGCGUUGAAGGCCUUUGAAGCAACGCCGUCCGAAUGGAAGGAAAUGAUUCUAAGGCCUCUCACCGCGGAGGAAGUUUUCGGAGCUGCAAAGCUGAUAAGGACCAACUCAUACCGUCCCGGCGAGUUUCUUUACUACAGACUGCUGUACACGGCCAAUGGCAGAUUGUACGGGAAAAGGGUGACGGUGGAAGCAGGAGGAAAAGUCAAAGAGGUGCGCUAUGCUAGUGCGACGGAGGUGAACUGGAAGAAGGCGACACCGAUGGUAGAGAUAAGAGGCGCCAUGAAGGGCCGGCUGGGAGAGCCAAGGACGAGGCUAGAGAAUAACAUUCUGACACCGUCGCCUUCAUUUCCCCCUCCCGUCACCUUCAUUUCCCCCUCCCGUCGCCCUCACUUCCCCCUCCCGUCGCCUUCAUUUCCCCCCCCCGAUGCCUUCGAUUCCCCCUCCCGUCGCCUUCCACGCCUGCCGCACUCGCUUUCCCCCCGUCACACUCGCUUCCCCACCCGUCACCUUCAUUUCCCCUCCCAUUGCCUUUCACUCUCUCCUGCUCAAUCUUUUCCCCCCUACUCACUCUCUUCCCCCCUGCUCACUCUCUUUCCCCCUGCUCACUCUCUUCCCCCCUGCUCACUCUCUUUUCCCUUGUUCACUCGCUUCCCCCCUCCUCAAUCUCUUCCCCCCUGCUCACUCUCGUCCCCCUUGCUCACUCUCUUCCCCCCUGCUCACUCUCUUCCCCCCUGCUCACUCGCUUCCCCCCUCCUCAAUCUCUUUCCCCCUGCUCACUCGCUUCCCCCCUCCUCAUUCUCUUUCCCUCUGCUCACUCCCCUCGUUCUAACCCCACUUUCCCCAUUUCUCACCCAUUUUCCCCCUUCACGCUCUCUUACCCCCUCUGCUCGCCCCUGUUUUCCCGACUCACGCCUAUACUCACUCUGUCCCCCCCUGCUCACUCUCUUCCCCCCCUGCUCACUCUCUUUCCCCUUGCUCACUCUCUUUCCCCACUUCUCACUCUCUUGCCCCCUUCACGCUCUCUUUCCCUCCCUUCCGCCCGUUGCCCCCCUUCGUCUCGCGCUCGUCCCCUCGCAAUCCCCGUCUCUCUCUCCCCCCGUCGCCCUCGUUUUCCCCGUCGCCCUCCCUUCCACUCCUCGUUGCCCUCACCAUCACUCCUCGUUGCCCUUCUCCCUUCCCAUCUCGCACACUUGUCGCGCCCCCUUUCCAACCCGCACAUACACCCUUGCCUUCUUCCUUGUUUCCUCGUAUCCCCUGUGCUGCUUCCCCCCCUCCGACUUGCUCCCCCCAUCCCCUUCCCUGCUUCCCCCCAACCCCUUCCCUACUCCCCCCAUCCCCUUCCUUGCUUUCCCCCUUCCCCUUCCCUGCUUCCCCCAGUCCCCUUCCCUCCUUCCCUCGUCCCCCUCCCAGCAUCCCCCCAUCCACUUCCCUGCUCACCCCCAUCCCCUUCCUUGCUCCCCCCCAUCCCCUUCCCUGCUUCCCCCUAUCUCCUUCCCUUCUUCCCCCUAUCAUCUUCCCUGCUCACCCCUGCUCCCUCUGUUUCACCCUUGCUCCCUCUGUUUCACCCUUGCUCCCUCCCCUUCUUCUCUGCUCACCCUCUUCCCCCUUGCUCACUCUCUUUACUUCUGCUCACUCUGUUCCCCCCUGCUUCCUCUCUUCCCCUCUGUUCAAUCUGUCCCCUGCUGCUUCUUCUCUUCCUCUCUGCUCAUUCCGUUUACUGUCUUUCCCCCUUCACUCACCCCCAUACCCCCCAAUGCAGUUACAGGUGCUCAGCACCAGAUAAAGGGGUGGGGCGGAAUGGGGUGGGGCGGGGCGGAAUGGGGUGGGGCGGGGCGGAAUGGGAUGAGGCGGAUUGGGGAGAUGAGGGAUGGGGAGAUGAGGGAUGAGGAGAUGAGGGAUGGGGAGGUGUGGGAUGGGGAGGAGAGGGCUGGGGAGGAGAGGGAUCGGGAGGUGAGGGAUGAGGAGGUGAGGAAUGGGGAGAUGAGGGAAGGGGAGAUGAGGAAUGGGGAGGCGAGGGAAGGGGUAAUGAAUGAGCGUGUAUGCGACGGAAGGGUGCUGCUGACCACGCACCCUCCCACACCCAACGCGAUGGGAAGGGAUGAGAGGGUGGGCGGCAUGGGUAGAGAAGCGAUGGUGAAGAGGGGGAACGUGAUGGGCAGGGGAGUGAUGACGACGCGGAGAGAGGGAGGAGAGAAGGGAGGUCGGCGGGAAGGCUAA